GUUCUGGCAUCACCAGUGCGCCACGAGCGAAAAGGCGCGUGAUUACCUGGCCUGGAAGAACGCUGGCAGGGAUACGGACUUCCUGCCUCUGGCGGAGAUGAAGUGGAUCCUGGACGUGGAUGGUGGCGAGACCGCGCAUCUGAAGUGUGUCGAAGACGACUCUGCCUCUGGCGAGACGUGGUACAUCAGGACAGAACAAUUCGUGACGCUGGCGGAGAUGUUCAGCUACGGGCGCCGCCUUUGCUCGUGCCACUUCCUGUGCGCGCUGCACCUCCGACAACCGAUAUUCGCGACGAGGAAGGAGCACAGCGAGUCGCAGACGGCGGGGGGGCGCGCUUGCCUGCGCGCGGGCAAGGGCGGCGGUGAGUUCGACCCGUCGCGGAUUUCCCGCAACAAGUUGUGGUGGCGCGACGAGCGCGCGUUCGAGACGUUCAACAAGCUUGUGGCGCCUGCGGGGCUGAAGGAUUUCCUCGACGGACACUCCGACGAAUUCGCCUGGCGCGAGAAGGCCGACAACAAAGGCAUGCUCAUCACAUGGGCGAACAGGGCGCGGCAGGAGGAGCGCGUCCCGCCAUGGGCGCGCCCCGCCAUGGGCGAAGUGGGCGCAG